ACAGCCCGACUUUUCGUGUGGACUUGACCUUUGACCUCACCUUCACCACCAACAAUCUCCAUCCACCAGACUCGGUACUAACAGUCAAGAUGGGCAAGGGACUCAAGAAGCACCAGAAGCGCCUCAGCGCGCCCUCGCACUGGCUUCUCGACAAGCUGUCGGGCACCUACGCUCCCCGCCCUUCGGCCGGUCCCCACAAGCUCCGCGACUGCAUGCCCCUGAUCGUCUUCCUGCGCAACCGCCUCAAGUAUGCGCUGAACUUCCGCGAGACCCGCUCCAUCAUGAUGCAGCGCCUCGUCAAGGUUGACGGCAAGGUCCGCACCGACAUCACCUACCCCGCUGGCUUCAUGGACGUCAUCACCAUCGAGAAGACCGGCGAGAACUUCCGCCUCAUCUACGACAUCAAGGGCCGCUUCACCGUCCACCGUAUCCAGGCUGAGGAGGCCGAGUACAAGCUCGGCAAGGUCAAGCGUGUCCAGCUUGGCCGUGGUGGAGUCCCAUUCUUGGUCACGCACGAUGCCAGGACCAUCCGCUACCCUGACCCUCUGAUCAAGGUCAACGACACCGUCAAGAUCGACCCUUGCCACUGGCAAGAUCACCGACUUUAUCAAGUUCGACACCGGCGCCAUUGCCAUGGUCACCGGUGGCCGUAACAUGGGU